GUUAUCAGCUGACUCUUGCUGUCAUGUGACCUUCAAUGGCGACGCGGUGAAAGGAGAGAAUACAAGCUAGCGUACAGUAAAACGCACGAAUUAUGACGCUUUAACACAGUAUUUGAAGGAUUCUGUUUAUACGGAAUAUAUGCGAACCUGUAUUGACUUUCUUUCAUUAAACCUCAAACCGCGGAGCACACGUGUGUGGAAAUGGGUCUAGAUCCUGCCUCUCUACGUUUAGACCAACAGUUACUUCAUUUUAUGGAUCAGCUUGAAAUUUUGGAGGAGAAAAGACAGAAACUUAACACGCUCAUAGAAGAUGGAUGGUUCAACAUCUCCAAGGCCCGGUACUCCAUGGGGAACAAGCAGGUCUCAGCCUUGCAGUAUGCCAGUGAGAUGGAGCCACUAGUUCAUGUUUAUGCCAGUGGGUCAGAAAACGGUGAAGCAGAAUUCAAGUGCGAGCGAAAAGGUGAUCAAGCUGAAGAACCAGAAGGGAGUGAAACAGUAGAGACUAUCGGACCAACAGAUGGAGGCCUCAGGAGGCGAGUGAACAUUAAAAAGUACGAAAACAUCAAAGAAAAAGUCGCUUCAAAAGAUGAAUGUGAGAAGGAACCUCAAUUAAAUACAAAGAAUGAGAAAUCUCCAUGUCAGUAUCAAGAUCCUCUGAAGUGGUUUGGGAUCCUUGUACCACAAAACCUUAAGCAAGCUCAGGCAGCCUUUAAAGAAGUUAUUACUCUGGCAGCUGAGAUCUCGACCCUACAGAGUGCGAUUGUGAAAACUAGAUUGGAGAUGCAGACUCAGAUGAAGGAUAAACAGAAGAUGGCCUCAGAAUUGAAAGAAUAAUGCAUCACACAUUAGUGUUUUCAUUUCCCCCCCCCAACUUUAUAUUUAUUAUUCAGACGUUACACUCAUGCCUUUUUUUGUACUACAGUGUGAGUGAUUAAGUUGUAAAUAAAAAAAGAAUAAAUGAACAAAUGCAUGUUUAGAUAUCUAUGGCUGCCUUCCUGUGAAUCAGUUACA